AUGCAGCACCCGUCAUCUGUUGGAGGAGGGGUUAUGCCGCCACCUGUUGUUUCCAGUUAUUGUCCCACGCCAAUUUCACAGCAAGUAAGUGCAGGGCAUCAUCAGCCACCUGUUGGCGGAGUUCUGCCACCACCUGUUUCCAAUUAUGGUCCUCCACAUACAAUGCAGCAAUUGGGUCGUCCACCUUCUCAGCAAUUAGGAGCAAUGCCACAGCAACCAUCCUAUAUUGGAGGAGUUCUGCCACCGCCUCAAUUGUCCGAACAACUCACCGAUAUUCCGCUUGAUGCAGGUCAUAUUCCACCUACAUCACAAAUUGGUGGAAUGCAACAUCAACUUUCAUAUACUAGCGGAGGAGUUUUGCCACCGGUGCAGCAGCCGUCAUAUGUCGGAGGAGGGGUUGUACCGCCACCUAUCGUUUCCAAUUAUGGUCCCCUGCCCAAUUCGCAGCAUAUGAAUCUCCCACCUACUUCACAUCAGAUGGGCCUUCCACCUACUUCGCAACAACCUAGUGGAGUGCAUCAGCCGGCAUAUGUUGGGGGAGCUUUGCCGCCACCUCCUAUUGUUUCUUCUAUUGGUUUGUAUUUGCUCUAUCCAAGUUUUGAGUUUGGGAGCUUCAUAGGCUUAUUGUUAGUUAGAUUUUCGGGGAUGAAGAUAAACAUUUGGCUUUGAAUUUUCCACCUGGAAAAAUGCGUUUAUGUUCAAAUUUUUAAGGUACGCAUGGUACAUCGGCAAAUCCAUUCAGUCGUCAAGUUCGUUAAGGUGAAAGAAAUAAACAAAUAUGAUAUAAACUUCUGGUUAUUUAUAUGUCAAGAUUGAGAGGGAAUUUUUUGUUGGAUAUAAAUUAUAAAAUGUAGCUAAUUUACAUUUAUUUAAAACCCCUUAAAUUUGUUGUGUUUUUGUCCCUUUGACUUUAUAUUUGUGGCACAUUCUUUUCUCAUAGGGCAAACAAUUCAUGGGUUGGAUUACAUGAAAUAACUUUGGGAGUUCUCUUCGGCACACGAUUAUAAUUUUCUUUGAAAGGAUGUGCCACGAUAAACCUCCAUGGAAAAAUUUCGGAAUACUA